AUGAGAGCUACCUGCCGCUACAACUGGACCCCUGGCCACAAGGACAACUGGACCCUCAAUCUCCUACUCCAGGAAGACCACCACUCGUUCAUCACCUCCUCCUCCGACGGAAGCUUGACCAGCUACCUGUUGCAACAGCUCCAGGACCAGCCGUUGUGGAAGAUCCCCAACGCCCACGCUGGCAGCAUCAACCUGAUCAAGCAGUGUGACCCCAACACCGUGGUGUCGUGUGGUCUCGAUGGCAUCAAGUUGUGGGACUUGAGAUCCGGCAAGUCCACCCACUCAGUCACUGGCAACUACUUGUCGCUAGGCGCCGCCAGAGGCCUCAUUGCUGGGGGUACAGAACUCUCGGGAAGUGAUGCUGAACUCCAUGUGUGGGACGUUAGGAACAUGAGCGUGCCCCAGCGGUCGUUUGUGGACUCCCACCACGACGACAUCACCGACAUCAAAUUCCACCCCACUAUCGACAAGUACUUUAUGUCGGGAUCCACCGACGGGUACGUCAACAUCUAUGACUUGAGUCAACCGGACGAGGACGAGGCCUUGCACCAGGUGAUAAACUUCGCCUCCAUCCACUCGUGCAACUUCACCACCGACUCCAGAAUAUCGGUGUUGUCCCACAUGGAGACAUUGGCAUUCUACGAGUUGAACGACACCAACUACGAAGACACCCACGAGCCGCAGCCCCACGAACUAGGCGAUGUCAGAACAACGUGGCCCGACUGUGAAUACGUGGUGGAUGUCAACCCCGCAGGCUACGUCAGCUAUGGUGCAAACUCCCACCAGAAAUUGUCGUUGUAUCCUUUUAAUCCUAUUCAAGAGAAGUUUGAUUUCAACAGACCAGUUUGGUUCCCACAGGCCCACGGCGAGGAAGUGGUGAGAGACUUGGUGGUUGUUCCAUAUUCCAAGAGCGCACUUACUUGUGGAGAAGACGGGAAUGUGAAGUUGUGGGAGCUUCCCUACCAAUUGGACACACCUUUGGCUUCCGAGGACCAAGAUGAGGAGAUGGAAGUGGAAGACGAAGAGGACAAGAAAGAGAAGAAGAAGGAAAAGAAAAACAAAAAAGACAAGAAGGAAAAGAAGGAGAAGAAGGAAAAGAAGGACAAAAAAGACAAGAAGGAAAAGAAGGACAAGAAGGACAAGAAGGACAAGAAGGACAAGAAGUCGGACGUCAGAUUCAAGCCAUACUAG